GGAAUAUAAAAAGUUAACGAGACUGGUGUUUUCCGACGAUCUGUGCACCACGUCACACAUGCAGUUCCUCUUCCUUUUGACGUCGCUGCUCACCGUAGCCUCUUUCGUAUCCGCCGUUCCCAAUCCGUUACCUGGUAGCGAAAACAUUGUGGUGCGGGAUCCUACGAUAUGGUACAACCCCACCCCUCGCAAGUACUUCGUUUUCUCCACCGGUGAAGGUAUCAGGAUCUUCACGAGCCCAUCGUUGACAGGAUCCUGGACCCGUGUCGGCACUGUGAUGCCCAACUGCUCCAUCAUCAAUCACCCAGGGAAUUGUGAAUUAUGGGCACCCUCCAUCAGUUUCACUUUGGGAAAAUACGUGUUGUACUACGCGGUCUCUACCAUCGGAAGUCAAGAUUCUGCUAUCGGUGUAGCGACUAGUCCUUCAAUGGAACCAGGUACCUGGACAGACCUCGGUGCAGUCGUCACGUCCAAGCCGGGCGAUGUCUUUAAUGCAAUUGAUCCUGAUCUGAUUGAUUACAAUGGUCUCAAGCUCUCCUUUGGUUCUUACUGGAACGGCAUCUAUCAGAUUGGUAUCUGGCCUGAUGUUAAUAAUCCAGCUUCUCCGACUCCCGGAACACACCUCGCAGGCGGAAACGGUCGCCCGGCGGAAGGUGGCACUACAUUCAAACCCGAGGACUCGCCGUAUUGGUUCCAUUUCUUUUCUGAUGGAGUUACUCCUCUCGCCGGCUCAACCAGCCGUCCACCUCCAGGAGAAGAGUACAAAGUUCGCGUUGGCCGCGGAACUGGCGGGAUGGGACCGUUCGUUGGGCAGCUUGGAUUUGCUCUGACUGAGACGAGGGACCCCCCGACUGGUUCCCUUGUUUUAGGAUCGCAUGACAAUAUCUACGCGCCUGGUGGCCAGAGUAUCUUCAAAGACCCGGUCAGUGGCCGAUACGUGAUGGCCUAUCAUUACGUUCGUAACAACGAUACAGUUGGCGGUCAAUCAUACUUGGGCAUCAAUUUCCUGGAUUUCUCCUCUGGAUGGCCGGUCGUUGUCGAUUGAAGUUCAAUUCUUGAUGGAAAUGGAAAGGAGCGAUAUAACAUCCACUAAAUGGAUUUCUCACUGGAUCCCAUUUUUUCAGUCGAAUUUUACGAAUUGUACCGCAGAAUGUCUUAAUUCCGUUGAUUCACAGCUGUUUCCCCA